GCCUCACCAAAUCAAUUCAGUUUUUCAUUUGCUUUCACUUGUUCAACUCGGUCGUUGUUACGGUCCAUCUAUUUAAAUGUCGGACACGGUUUACUCUGUCAUAAAUCUUAAGAACUUAAAUCCCAAGGAUCGUGUAAAGCCAGGGGAAGAUGUUGUCUAUUCUGAGGUAAACAUCUCUGACCGCUCCCGUGGACAAAAAGUUUCAUCAGACAGUGUGAAGACAGAGACCACAGGAUCCAGCGCCCAUUCUUACAGACGGAGUACAGUGUGCCUGGGGGUCCUGUGUUUCCUCCUGUUCCUCCUGUUAAUAAUUCUGGGUGUCUAUUUGAUGGGAGUUAAACCGAAAGAGCACAACGAUGACUGCAGCAUCCUGGCUAAUGAAAAGGAGCAGCUUCUCCUUGAACUUAACGACACGACUCACCUACAGGAACAAAAUAACCAGCUACAGAAAAAUUUCAACAUCACAGUUACGAACAUGAGACAUCUACAGGAACAAAACAGCCAGCUGCAGAAUAAUUAUAUACAGUUAGAGGACAUGAAGAAUAAGUUGGCCGGUGAGAAGGAAUAUUUUCAGCAACAAUGCAGCAGUUUGAAAAAAGAAAAGGAGGAAAUACAAAAAAACUAUGAUGCUCUGUUAAAUAAGUUACCCCUCCUUCAGAAGUACUGCCACACCACUGAAAACGUGCGAGUCUGUGAUCCCUGUCCUCAAGACUGGAAGGAGCACAAUGGCCAGUGUUACUAUUUCUCUACAAGUGUAACGACCUGGAAUGAAAGUCAGAAUAACUGCAGUAAGGAGGCAGCUCACUUGGUGACUGUAAACAGUGAAGAGGAGCAGGUGACUGGCCUGAUCUCUGUGUGUGAUUGUUUGUGUGAGUGACCAAGCUCAUCUAGUGCAGGUUCAUCCAAUAGUGCCGUGUGGCUCCUUUGACAGUGUGAUGUGUGGCUUAUGUUCCCAUCCAGCAUGUGCCAGUGCGGACACUGUGUCUCUCAGCAGUGCUGCGUCAGUCAUUCACUGUCUUCUGUU